CCUGUUGUACGUUUUACAGCGUUUCGAUGCUACAGCUCGGCGCUGUUUUUAGUUAGGUAUUCGAACGUUGCUCUUGUUCGAGGUUACAGUGUUCGUGGUUUGGACCGGUGUGUUGUUGGAAUCGCGACUGCGAGAAUCGAGAGAGACGAGAGAUCCGUAUCGUGCUUCGUUUACUAUCAUGCACGUUGCUUCGCGUUGGCGUUUUUCUUCGCUGCUCGUCGCUUUCGUAUUUACGAUUUGUUUGUAAACAUUACACUGUGAAGUUCGCGAUACUAUUUGCGCAAAGUGAAGUGCGAUAAUAUUAUUUUCGGUGUUCUAAAUGCGGCAAAAUACAAUUAAAAGUGAUGUGGUGGAGAUAUGGUGUUGGAUCUUCAUCAAACCGACCUCUAUGUGAGACCUAGUUGGCUUGAUGCGGCCGUUGCUCUUCGUGAGAUCAAAAAGGGUAACGCGGAAGGAGACAGAUCAGCAUUAUGGUUUCGUAAGCGAGUGCAGAAAAAGUUAUUUGACUGGGGCAGCUAUGUACAUCGAAACGCCGGAAUAGUGCUGUUCGUAGCUAUACUAGCCUUAGCUUGCUUAUGCGUUGGUCUGAAAUCAGCAAUCAUCCAUUCAAAAGUGGAUCAAUUGUGGAUCGAAGAGGGCGGUCGUUUAGAGCGUGAAAGGAAAUACAUCGAAAACGCUCUAGGAGAAUCAGCCAGCAAUACUCAUCAGCUAGUCAUUCAAACGCCAAAGGAUCCUCCGGCAUCUUUGUUACAUUCGGGAGCUUUAUUAGCUCAUUUGAAAGUAAUCAAAGCCGCGUCAUCGGUCACAGUUUACUUGUUCAAUGAACAAUGGCGACUGAAAGAUAUUUGUAGCUCACCGAGUUUUUCCAGCUUCGACAUGUAUCAUAUCGAUCAGAUUUUUCGAAAUAUUAUACCAUGUUCGAUUAUCACUCCUUUGGAUUGUUUUUGGGAAGGAUCGAAGUUAUUGGGACCAGAUGAUCCGGUUUUUGUUCCUGAUAUUCCGUUCAAGUUGAAAUGGACGAAUUUAAAUCCUCGACAUCUUUUACAAUACGUCAAAUCAGCCGGUGGCACGAAUUUCCCGUUAAAAACGUUGGAAGAGAUUAUGAAAAGGGCCGGAAUAACAACAGGUUAUCAAGAAAAACCAUGUUUAAAUCCAAGAGAUCCAGAAUGCCCGGAUACGGCACCGAAUAAAAAUUCCUCACGAAGACUGGAUAUAGGCGCUCAGCUUACUGGCGGAUGUUACGGAUUCGCUACCAAGUAUAUGCAUUGGCCUGAAGAUUUAAUUAUCGGAGCGGCCAAGAAAAAUAAGACUGGACAUAUUACCAAAGCUCACGGUUUACAAACUGUGAUACAAUUGAUGAGCGAAAAAGAACUCUAUGAUUAUUUUUCCGACGAUUAUAAAGUUCAAAAGAUCGAUUGGACGCCUCAAAAAGCUGCCCUAGUUUUAGAAACUUGGCAACGUAAAUUUUCAGAUGAAGUCAAAAGGCAAUUGAAACAAUUUCCUAAUGAAACUGCUCAGUAUAAUAUAUUUUCCUUUUCCACUGCUACACUUAACGAUAUUCUAAGUCAUUUUUCAAAAAUAGAUUUUAAAAAAAUUUUCAUUGGUUACCUCGUUAUGUUAAUUUUCGUAGCGUUUUCAUUACUGAAAUGGAAUCAUCCUGUAUUAUCACAAACAGCAGUAGGAAUCGCUGGUGUAUUAUUAGUAACCAUUACGAAUGCAGCUGCGUUAGGAUUCUGUGCUUUGUGUGGUAUUGCAUUUAAUGCUUCAACUACCCAAAUUGUACCAUAUCUUGGAUUAGGUUUUGGUGUUGUAGAUGUGUUCCUUUUAACGAGCGUUUAUGCCGAACAAUUGCCUUCGAAAGAUGAUAAUGCAGAAAAACAGACCGGAGCUGUAUUGAGAAAAGGCGGUCUGAGCGUUUUACUUACUUCGAUUAGCAAUUGCGGCGCGUUUUUUGCAGCGGCACUUAUUCCUGUUCCGGCUUUGCGAGUAUUUUCAAUGCAAGCUGGGAUUCUAGUUUUUUUCAAUCUAGUCACUACUUUAUCAGUAUUUCCAGCCAUUAUUAGUAUUGAUUUAAAAAGGAGGAGCUCCAAAAGAGCAGAUAUUCUAUGUUGUUGCAAGCUUGAUGACGAUAGCUGGCCAUAUGUGAAGAGUGUUUCGCCACCUGUGCCAAGAAGAUCUAGUAACAAGUCGAGGGAAAAGCAAGCGAUUACACGUGCUUUGCCUCCGGAUGGCCAACAGACCAUUACGGUUUUAGCAUCUUCGAAUUCAUUAGAUGAAAAUAAUGAAAGUCCUCCCUUAUCACAAAGUUUACUGUCGACCAAUAAUAACGACACGGAAUCCAAUGGUGGAGAUUUCUUAGAUAAAAGUGAAUAUUGGUCAUGGGAUAAUUUACUUGAAAGAUACGCUAAAUUUUUGUGUAAAAAAUCAGUCAAAGUUUUCACCGUGGUGGCAUUCUUGUUGGUAAUACUAAUAAGCGUGUGGUACGUGAGCAAAGUAGUAGAUGGAUUGGAGUUGAGUGAUAUUGUUCCUCAAAGUACCAACGAACACGGGUUCCUGGCUGCUCAAGAGAAAUAUUUCGGAUUUUACGAUAUGUACGUGAUUACUCAGGGAGAUUUCGAGUAUCCGACUAAUCAGAAGUUGUUAUACGAGUACCAUGACGCUUUUACCAGAGUUCCUAAUAUUAUCAAAAAUGAUAACGGAGGGUUGCCUCAGUUUUGGCUGAGUUUGUUCAGAGAUUGGCUGCUAGGCAUUCAGAAAGCAUUCGAUCGCGACUGGGCAAACGGUUCUAUAAACCAAGAAGGCUGGCUCAAUAACGCCACCGACGAAGGUGUCCUAGGCUACAAACUUCUUGUACAAACCGGCGACCUCGAGAACCCGAUCGACAAAUCACUGAUGACGCAAUCGCGUCUCGUUAACCAUCAAGGAAUCAUCAGCCCAGACCCAUUUUACAAUUACCUAUCUGCCUGGGUCUGCCACGACGCCUUAGCCUACAGCGCAUCUCAAGCUAAUCUGAAACCAGAACCGAAAUCCUGGUGUAAUGUGCCCAACGACUACGACCUCAAAAUACCCAAAUCAUCGCCGCUAACCUAUACGCAGAUUCCAUUCUAUCUGCAAGGAUUAGGAAAUACAUUCCAUAUAACUAAGCUAAUAUCACAAGUUCGAGACUUGUGUCAGAAAUUCGAAGCCAAAGGAUUACCUAGUUUCCCAUCUGGCAUUCCGUUCCUAUUUUGGGAACAGUAUCAAGAUCUAAGAUGGUACCUCGGCAUCGCCAUAUUGUGCUCGUUGAGCAUCGUAUUUUGCACCGUGUUCUUGCUAUUGUUCAACGUUUGGGCUGCAGCGGUGGUUGUAUUUGGAGGAGCUGCUAUGGUGCUACAGUUACUAGGAUCGUUUGGUAUUCUUGGCAUCAAGUUGAGCGCUGUACCGGCUGUUUUGUUGAUUGUGGCUGUUGGUGUCAAUGUGCAUUUCAUCAUUCAUACAACUUUUGGAUUUAUUACCGCUAUCGGAAAUCGUGAAAGAAGACUGCAAUUAGCUAUUAAACAUAUGUUUCCUGUUAUAUUACAUGUUGCUUUUACCAUUUUGUUGGCUGUUAGUAUGCUGGCGUUCAAUGAUUUCGACUUUAUCGUUAGGUAUUUCUUCUACGUGUUACUGAUAUUAAUCGGAAUAGGAUUCUUAAACGGAUUAUUAUUCUUUCCGAUGGUUUUACUGCUGAUGGGACCUCCUGCUGAAGUGAAACCUAAAACGUUUCCAGAUAGGAUUUGUACUCCUAUUCCUACUCCGAAAGAUGAACAACGAAAGAUCAGAACUUCGUGUAGGCAGGCUCCAGCACCUUCACGUCGUCAAAGAGAUGAUUAUUCUCUAAGUCUGACCACAAUAUCAGAAGAACCAGGUUCGUGGCAUUCGACCAAUCACGAAAUAGUGGUUGAGCCAGAGCUCGUUGUCGAAGCUACGUCGUACGUACAACCUGCUCCUCCUGCACCUCCACCAAACGGGUCGCCAUCAGGUAACAAUAGUGGUAAUGAAAAUGAAAGUUCCUGUAAUUCUUCGCCAGCCAGUGUACAUAGAGCUACUCCGUCCUCAACUACCUCAUCAACCCCGUCCAGUCAUGUUACCACUAAAGUAACGGCCACCGCUAAAUUUAAAGUAGAAAUACAUACCCCUAUUCAUAGGUCAUUCAAUCAUAAUCAUAGGCAUAGUAGACGAAGAGAUUCGACUAGUUCUACGUCUACCACAUCUACUGAAUGUUCGUCCAGACAUUCGUAGGUUUAUCCCUUCCCCUCCCCAAUUUUUUUUUCAUGUGUGCACUUUGUUGUUCGUUACCAGUUAGACAAUUUUUUAUGAUUAUUUAUUUUAAUAUUUUGUGUAGUAUUUGAUUAUAUCCCGCCGUUUUUUUUACGUGUAUGUUCGUUUUAUUUAUUUUUUUAUAUUUUUGUUUGUAUAAAUGACUUGUGUUCUGUAUAUACGAAUGAUUUUUUUUAUAUAUUUUGUUGUAAAUUACGCCAAUACGUAUGUGAAUAUGUACAUGUGUAGAAAUUAUAUAAAAAUUGGUUCCAUAAUAACUUAUUGAAUGGUGCAUUUAUUUUUUAUACGUAUUUAUAUACUUUUUUUUCAAUUUUUUUUCUACAAGAACUUAAUGGUAAACUAAUUUUGUAUUAAGGAUAAAUUUUAUACGAGUUUUUUUUUAAUUAUUAUUUUUAUACAUAUUUUCAUCGUGUGUAAUUCCCAGUGUAUACGUUUUUGUUUUGUUGUCGCUAAAAAAAUCUUUCAAGCCAAAAAAUACGUAAUUAAUGUCAUUUUAUUUUAGUUACAAAAUAAACGUUUUAUAAUGAA